GCUAAGGGCUUAGGGUUCCCUUCUUCCGUAGAAACCCAAAGCCGAAGACGCCAUUUUCAGACGCGUACGAGCGACCUUCUCCUCCUCUUUCCUUCCUUCCUUCCUUCCUUCUUCGGCGUGCGCUUGUGUCGGCGGCGAUCGGCGGCGCUCCAUUUCGAUCCUUCAGGGUUUCGCGAUCUCGGCCGUCCGAAUCCGGCUCGACAGCUCGCGGGAGCUUCGGAAUUGCUCGCCCUCCUCCCCGAUUUUCGCGAUCGGUUCUGUGAAUUCGGCCUCCGGUCGCGUCGGGCUGCGGUUCGUUUGAUUUUUCUAAGGGAGUUCCGACCGGUCCGAGUCGCGGCUCACGAUGGUGGAUAGGAAGCUGUUCAAGACGAAGCUGUGCGUCUUGUACCAGAGAGGUCACUGCAACAGGCAGAGUUGCUCGUUCGCGCACGGGCAAGCGGAGCUCCGGCGAUUCGUCGGCGGCCCCACUACUGGUAGGAGGGACUACCGAGGUGGUGAUUUGAGGAAUAAAAUUGGCAGAAGGUAUUCUCCUCGGAGGAGGUAUUCGCCAGGAAAAGAUGCAAGAGCUCGCCAUGGAUUUCAUGGAUACAGCCCUUCAAGGUCCCCUGAGGAAAAUAGUGACAGAAAGCGCAGGAAGAAGCAGCAUUUGGAUGGUCAAAGUGACGCUUCAGAUCUCAAUCUUCCGGAGGAGGCUGAAGAUCGAGAAAUUGUAGGGAAAUCUACAUCGUCCCAGUCCAAGUUUGCUCUUCUGGAUCAGUUAAAGCAGGUAAGGUCAGAUAUCAACAUGCUGAAGCACCACAAGAAUCAGCAAGAGAUGUACCUGGAAGAACAACUUCAAGAGGCAGAUAGUCUAUCCUCUAAAAUUCAGGAGCUUGAAGAUCAGUUGCACAAAGAAAGAAAGAGUGCAAAGGUAGGAAGCAGCAAGAAUCUAUUCUAA